AUGGCUCAUAGUAUAGGCUCUCCGUACACCCUGUACUCCGUGGUGGACGUUGACAAACCAUUCACUUCCUUUAGUGAUAAUUAUUAUGUGUCCGAACCUUACAACCCCCCGUACACCCCGGUAAUUAGUAGCAUGUUUCACGGAAGCUUCCCAUGUUAUUACGUAGAUGAUGAUGGUUAUUAUUAUAUUGAAGAGGAAGAUUUUCUUAUGAAGAAACCAAAAAUCGUUGAAGAUCCCAAACCAGACGAAAAUAAAACAGAGGAAGUCGAAAAUAAAGCGGAGAACGUGGACAGCACGAAUAAAAAGAUGACCUUAUUUCAAGCGGUUAUGAUCGUCGUUCUUUUCAUGCGAUGGGGUAGGCGUAACUCCACUAGACUAAUAAAAAAGCACGAAGCGAGGAAGCAACUAUUACUGUACCUGGACCUAAUGAACACAAAAAUUAAAAAGGACGAUCUUAAGAUGGAAAAGAAAAAAAAAAAAAUGGAGGCAAAAAUAAAAAAGGAAGAAGAAGAUAUGGAGGUAAAAUGGAAAGACAAAAGAGCAGCAAUCAGGCAAAAAAUAGCCAAGAACCCAUCGAAAGACAUUUUACCCGGUAUAGGCCCAUUCUACGACCACGACAAAAUCCUCUUGGAUAAAAAGUUGGAUAUUAUAGAUAUGAAUUAUGAGAAGUGUAAAUUUAAUAAGAAGAAACGAUGGAAAGCUAUGAGGGAAUCUUAUCGUAAAGAGCUCAAUAAGCUACAGAAGAAACAGGACGAGAGGAAAAUGAAGAAGUGCGUACGAAUGUUUUGGUUUGAGGAGAAGUGGAAUUUUGGACCCACAACAGUAAGAGGAUUCUUGAAACAGAAACGACGGAAAUGCGAUUUACAGGAAAUGUAUUGUACCACGAAUGAAAAGUUAAAAGAAAGAAAGGAAGGGAAGGAUGAAACGGAAGGAGCAGAGGAGGUUGGAGGAAGUGAAAAAGAAGAAGAGGAAGAACUCGACGUGGACAAGGAUAGUUAUGAUGACAAGGAUGACGAUGAUGAUGACGACGAAUCAGCGGACGACUCACUCACCGAAGAAGAAAGCGAAGUGGAUGAAACGGAAAAUGAUGACGAUGAGGAAGAAGAAGAAGAGGAAGCGGAGGAAGAAGAAGUAGACGAUGAUAGUGACGAGGAGGACGACGAUGAGGAUGAGGAAGAUGAUGAAGGUGAUACAGAGGAGGAGGAUAAGCAGGACGAUACGGACGAGGACGAUGAUGGGUAUUAUGAAAAUUAUGAUUAUUAUUAG